AAUUGACACGGGAAUAACUUUGUGCGAGUGAUCCAACGUAUCAUAUUGCGAGUACAAAUACAUGCAGUAUCGUAGUCGUGAUAUCUUAGCAUUUCACACGCUGCCAUAUUAGCUCUAAAAUCGACAGGAUACAGCCAGACAUCGCAAAACAAGACGUGGCGAUAAUAUGCGAAAACGUACUCUCCAGAUAAGAAACAAGCGGAGGGGGGCCCUUAUCGCGAUAUUUACGCGCCUGAAAUUCGGUCGCAAGUGGGGAUGGGUGGAAUAGACAAAAGAGAGUGGACAAGUGGCAAGUCGCGGCUGUAGGAAUGUGACGGGAAACUUGAAUCACGCGCCUGUCAGCUGUACUUUAUGCCUCGAACCUAGAUAACCUCUCCAAGUAGUUAAACGAAAUCCCCUCUCUUUACCUUCGUCGCGAGUAGAAAAGGCGUGCGUCGUCUUCGUAUAACAUCUAAAUCCAUCAGCACGUCUCAUUUCGUGUUCACGAGCAUCGAUCGUAUUCGCAUCCUACGACGAAUCGAGAGAAAGUUAUUUGUGUAUAUAUCGCAUAAAGCAGGAGCGCACUUGUCACCAGCAGACAUCGACGAAAGCGCGGGUACCUCGGGGAACUUAUUUUCGGCGCGGGUGAAUUUAACUUGAGAUUCAAACUGUCAGCACACGGAGGAAUGCAAAAGGACUGUCGAGAUUGUUUGGGUAUCCGGUACCGCAUUAACAGCCUGGAUCAAACCUGGAAGUGGUUGCAUCAAACGAUCGCCCUGCACGACUACCUGAUUUCCGUCACCGCGAGCCAGACCAACGUUCCUAAGCGUUUCCAUCAAUAGAGGUCAUCAUAUAUCGAUCGUUAAGCUAAAACUCUUACACGUGACACGAGGUAGCUCAUGACUCAAAACAAAACUCGCAGUUUGUCUCACAAACAAAGAGUGAUAUAGACGGCAUAAGUCACGUCACGGUGACCUUAACCAGGUAGUCUGUUGCUAUUCGCCAAUCAGGGAGGUACACAGAUCUUACGAGCAAUGUCUAUGUCCAUCAGAAUGAUUUUCGCCAGACGCUGCAUGCCUUAUUUCAACGGCAUCCAACGAGUCAGACACGGGUCGAUCUAUACCACGAACGAUGACAUCGACUCGAUCAAGAAGUCAGUAUUCAUCUCUCAAUCCACAGACAUCUUUGUCAAUCUGGCGCUGGAGCAUUGGCUGUAUCGUAAUUUUGACUUCUCUAAACACCACGUACUGCUCUUAUGGAAAAAUGAUCCAUGCGUAGUAUUUGGACGUCAUCAGAAUCCUUGGUUGGAAUGUAAUGUGCAGGCAGCUGAGAAGGAGAAUAUUGCUUUGGCACGACGAAAUAGCGGUGGCGGUACCGUUUAUCACGACAGAGGUAACCUUAAUCUGUCAUUCUUCACGCCCAAACAGAGAUACGAUCGAAAAUACAAUCUUAAUAUCAUCAAAACCGCCUUAUUUCGACAAUGGGGCUUAAAGAGCGAGAUAAACAAUCGCGACGAUAUUAUAGUCGAAAGAGAUUACAAGGUAUCUGGAACAGCUGCAAAGUUAGGACAAUUGAAUGCUUAUCAUCAUUGCACGCUUUUGGUUAAUGUGAAUAAAAUCAAUCUGAGUAUAGCUCUUGAAAGAAAAGAGAAUGGUAUCAUUACGAAUGCGACGACUUCUACACGUACAAUAAUAAAGAAUUUAUCUGAUAUAAAUCGAUAUAUCCAAGUAGAUAAACUUAUAUCUGCUAUUGGCUGGGAAUAUAUGCGUACAAAAGCUCUCGUUUUCGAAGACGCAAGAUAUGAUCUUGUUCAGCAACAGAAAGGCUUCCAGUAUAUCAAUCCAACCGAUGAUUGGUUUCCUGGAAUCGACAAGAUUAUCAGCGAGUUUCGUUCCUGGGAGUGGAAUUUCGGCAAGACACCGAAAUUUUUAGUUACCCGCACGCUCGAUGUUCCGACUCACGAUGGUAAAAUGCAUCGCAUAAAUUUAAGCUUGGAGAUACAGAACGGUAUCAUAGAGGAAAUCAGAAUGACCUUGCCUGCUGGAUUAGUUUCAACUGACAUUAAUCAAGAUGCGAGUGCACAUCUUGAUCUUCAUGUGAUUAGCAAUCUUCGUGGUACAAGAUACAACCAUGAAAUAACAGAAAAUAUAAUUACCGAAAUUGGUGGUAAGAUCGUUACGUUAAACACAAGCCAAAAUGUAGAUGAUAACAAUGUAAAAAGAUUUGAUGAGGCUACACUACAAUGACCCGAAACUUCGGACAGCCACACAUCUGUCUGAAGUUUUAUUGUGUUCAAAAAAUGAAAAUAAUUAUACAUAUAUAUAGUUAUUAAAAUAUAUAUAUAUAUAAUUUUAAUAACUAUAUUUUAAUAACUAUAUUUAU